AUGUCCUCCUCUCCAGCUCGCUCGCGCGGCUCUCCUGGGACCACGCCGGGAAGCAAUUCUCCACGGUCUGAGUCCGGUCUGGUCCUUACGCCUGCAACGUCUGUCGAAGACCUUGUAUCUCAGGGCUUGGGGUCUGGAAAUGACGCCGACGAAUAUGUCCUGGUCACCGGCGGCCUCGGCUUCAUCGGCAGCCAUACAUCGCUGGAACUGCUCAAGGCCGGGUACAACAUCGUCAUCGUCGAUAAUCUGAGCAACAGCUACAGAGAGGUCUUCGAGCGCAUUCUCCUCGCUGCAAAGCUCCAUUACGCCCAGCACAUAGAAAAGAGCUGUCCCAGGGCCGAACUAUGCUGCAUCGACUACCGCGAUGCCAUUGGAAUGAACCUCCUCCUCGACCGCCACACCAUCCGCACAUCCACAUCUCGCACAUCAAACAUCACCGGCGUCAUCCACUUCGCAGCCUACAAAGAAGUCGCCGACAGCAUCAAGCACCCGCUGAAAUACUACCAGAACAACGUGCAAGGCCUGAUCGAGUUCCUGGCUCUCCUCGACGAGCACGCCAUCCGCACAUUCAUCUUCUCCUCGUCCGCAAGCGUCUACGGCACACUCUCCGAGUCUGAAUCCUCGGCAGCCGGCCUGCGCGAGGAAGACUGCGUCCAUGAACGCACCACCUACUUCGACGCCACCGGCACCCAGCACAGCGAGCCAGGCUGCACGGGGAUAACGAACCCGUACGGCCGGACGAAGUUCAUGGCCGAGGCGAUCCUGUCCGACGUCGCAAAGUCCGAUCUGGCUUGGACCGCCGUCGCCCUGCGCUACUUCAACCCCAUCGGGUGCGAUGCGUCCGGUCUGCUCGGUGAGGAUCCGCGGCAGUCCGCGUCGAAUCUCUUCCCUGCGGCUGUUAAAGCUCUCACGGGGGAGACGCCGGACCUGUAUAUCUACGGCGAUGACUGGAAUACGGCUGACGGGAGUGCGAUUCGCGACUUCAUCCAUGUUACGGAUCUUGCGCGCGGGCAUACGGCUGCGCUUGAGGCUGCGCGGGGCGGAAUGGUCGGUGGGUGCUUCAGGACGUUUAAUCUGGGGACUGGGACGGGGCAUUCUGUGUACGAGGUUGUGCGGGAGCUUGAGGGUGUCAGUGGACGGUCUAUCCCGGUUAGGGUUGUUGGGAGGAGGGAUGGCGAUGUGGGUGUUUGUGUUGCGGUGCCGGAGAGGGCGCAGAGGGAGUUGGGGUGGACGGCUCAGAGGGGGUUGAGGGAGGCUUGUGUUGAUAUGUGGGAGUAUCUGAGGGGGAAGGACAGUAUCUAA